UAACCUAUUAAUAAUUAUUCUAGCAUUGACGAUAACAAGAGCGUUGAGUAAUUGGUCUUGUGAGGUGCUCAUGUCUUCGUCUCUUUCAAUUCCGUUUCCGAUUCCGGUCGCAAUGGAUUCUGCGCCGCGUGCGACGCUGACUCCGGUGGCGCUUUUCAAGCCUCUAAAGCAUCGCCAUUUGGUGAGAGGCAGAGUUACGCCACUUCGUCGCCGCCUCAACGCUGUUACGCCUUUGCGGUGCUCUUCCGACGGCGAUGCCGUCAUUAAUCUCCACGUCGGGGGAAUGAUGUGCGAGGGAUGUGCAAAUAGCGUCAAAAAAAUAUUAGAAAGCCGACCACAAGUGUUAUCUGCAAUUGUAAAUCUGGCAUCCGAGACAGCAAUUGUUUCCCCUUUGCCUGAACAAAAAACUGCACCAAAUGACCUGAAGCAAUUGGGGGAGGAACUUGCACAGCAUUUAACUACAUGUGGUUUCACUUCAGCUCUUCGAGUGACAGAUCAAAAAGAUAGCAACUGAAGGAGUUAUUAUUUCAUCAUAUAAAUCAAAAAAGUGGUUCUCUGGAGUCAAUGGUGAGUUUCUGUGACAGCUUAAUGGUGAUUGUUGGAGAGCCAUGUCUGUGGCUAUGUGCUCUGGUGGCCCUGCAUGUUGUAGAAUUUGUCCAUGUACAAAUCUAAUAUUAGAGAUCCUGUAUUUAUCAUGAAUUUUGCGCACUCGUUCAUUCGGAAUUGGUUGGGAUUUGUCUAUGAUUACAUUUUCUGGGUGAUUUCCAUUUUCCAUGACAAUUGACAAAUUAUUUCUUCUGGAUGUUGAUAA